AUGAGGUCUGUAAUUAAUCAAUCCAACAAAGUAUCAAAAAGUAUCAGUAAAUUAGAAUACGAAAAGAUAUCCGCAGAACUAAACGAACUCACCAACCCCAACACAUCAAUUCCACCACCACCACCACCACUUUUAAUACUAGAUUUAAAUGGUACAUUAGUAAUGAAAAAGAGACCAAAUCCAAUCAAACGACCAUAUGAAUAUACGAAUUGGGAAGUGAUGAUUUGGAGUUCUGCACAACCUCAGAAUGUUAAAAAGAUGUGUGAAUUAUUAGAAAUUGAAAAAAGAGAACAUGGUUUGGUUCCAAAAAAUGAUUAUCUUGAUCCACCGAUUCAUCAUCAUUCACAUAGGUAUCUAACUAGAUCAAAAGUUAAUUCAUCAAAUUCGAAAAUCAAAUCAAAUGAAACCCCACAAACAAAUCAUGAACAUCAACAUCAAAAUCCAACACCAAAGAACCACAAAAGAAAACGAUCAAUUUUAGAAAUUUGGGAUACAAGUCAAAUGAAUUUAAGUGAUGAAGAUUUCAAUCGAAAAGUAUCCACAACAAAAGACUCAAACUCAAUCUGGAAAAAGAUCAAAUCUUUAGAUCCAUAUACCCAACAAGAAUACGAUUAUGGACCAAAGAAUCAUAAAAGAUUAGUUUUAGAAAUUUGGGAUAGAAGUCAAAUGAACUUGAGUGAUCAAGAUUUCAAUCGAAAAGUAUCCACAACAAAAGACUUAAACUCAAUUUGGAAGAAGAUCAAAUAUCUAGAUCCAUAUACCCAACAAGAGUACGAUUAUGGACCAAAGAAUACGAUCAUAAUAGAUGAUAGUCCUGAAAAACUAGAGAUCGAAAUGAUGAUGCUUUAUUAA